CCCGCCUAACCUGGAGUAAUUAAUAAUUUCACUGGACUCAGUCCUUUAUCUGCACAUCUAUUCAAUUUGACAUCUGGGUUAUCUCGAUUUUGUCAACAUUAGAAGCUCGCCGCCAUGGCUGAGUCCAACAAUGCCGCCGCGCCGGCGCUUCACACCAACAUAGAGUCGGGCAAUUUCAACGAGAAGGAAGCUCACCGUGUCGAGGAUCCCGCUCCGGUCAAAACUACUAAGGGCGAAGAGGAAGAAGAUGACGAGGACAUUGACGCCCUGAUCGAGGAUCUCGAGUCUCAGGACGGAAACGCCUUUGACGAUGAGGAGGAAGGUGACGGGCAGCCUGGUGGCACUGGUCGCGUUGUCCCCGAAGAGAUGCUUCAGACUGAUACUCGUGUCGGUCUUACGGAAGCUGAGGUUGGCAACCGUCGCCGAAAGUAUGGUCUCAACCAGAUGAAGGAGGAGAAGGAGAACCUCAUCCUCAAGUUCUUCGGUUUCUUUAUUGGUCCUAUUCAAUUCGUUAUGGAGGCUGCCGCCGUCCUUGCCGCUGGUUUGGAAGACUGGGUCGAUUUCGGUGUCAUCUGUGCCUUGUUGCUCCUCAACGCCUGUGUUGGUUUCAUCCAGGAAUUCCAGGCUGGUUCUAUCGUCGACGAAUUGAAGAAGACUCUCGCUCUUAAGGCUGUUGUCCUCCGUGACGGCACCCUGAAGGAAGUUGAGGCUCCUCUAGUUGUCCCUGGUGAUAUCCUCCAAGUUGAGGAGGGUACCAUUAUUCCCGCUGACGGCCGAAUCGUCACUGACGAUGCUUUCCUCCAAGUCGAUCAAUCUGCCAUCACUGGUGAAUCUCUCGCCGUUGACAAGCACAAGGGUGACCAAUGUUUCGCUUCGUCUGCUGUCAAGCGUGGUGAGGCCUUCAUGGUUGUUACCGCCACUGGUGACAACACCUUCGUCGGUCGCGCUGCUGCUCUUGUCAACCAGGCGUCUGCCGGCACUGGUCACUUCACUGAGGUUCUCAACGGUAUUGGUACUGUAUUGUUGAUUCUCGUCGUCUUCACUCUCUUGAUCGUCUGGGUUUCGUCUUUCUACCGAUCCAACCCGAUCGUCGACAUUCUUAGGUUCACAUUGGCCAUCACCAUUGUCGGUGUACCCGUCGGUCUUCCUGCCGUCGUCACCACCACCAUGGCUGUCGGUGCUGCCUACCUUGCCAAGAAGAAGGCCAUCGUCCAGAAGCUCUCUGCCAUUGAGUCUCUUGCUGGUGUCGAAAUCCUCUGCUCUGACAAGACUGGUACCUUGACCAAGAACAAGCUCUCUCUCUCUGAGCCCUUCACUGUUUCCGGUGUUGACCCUGAGGAUCUCAUGCUUACUGCCUGUCUCGCGGCUAGCCGCAAGAAGAAGGGUAUGGAUGCCAUUGACAAGGCUUUCCUAAAGUCUCUCAAGUACUAUCCUCGUGCCAAGGGUGUCCUCUCCAAGUACAUUGUCAAGGACUUCUUCCCCUUCGACCCCGUUUCGAAGAAGGUUACUGCUGUUGUCGAGUCUCCCCAAGGUGAACGCAUUACCUGUGUCAAGGGUGCCCCUCUGUUCGUCCUCAAGACCGUUGAGGAAGACCACCCCAUCCCCGAGGAGAUUGACCAGGCCUACAAGAACAAGGUUGCUGAAUUCGCUACUCGUGGUUUCCGUUCUCUUGGUGUUGCCCGCAAGCGUGGUGAAGGUGCCUGGGAAAUCCUCGGUAUCAUGCCUUGCUCUGACCCUCCUCGUCACGACACUGCCCGCACUAUCAACGAAGCCAAGCGCCUCGGUCUCUCUAUCAAGAUGCUUACUGGUGAUGCUGUCGGUAUCGCUCGUGAGACUUCUCGUCAACUCGGUCUUGGUACCAACGUCUACAACGCCGAGCGCCUUGGUCUUGGUGGCGGCGGUGACAUGCCCGGCUCUGAGGUCUACGAUUUCGUUGAGGCUGCUGACGGUUUCGCCGAGGUUUUCCCCCAGCACAAGUACAAUGUCGUCGAGAUUCUGCAACAACGUGGUUACCUGGUUGCCAUGACUGGUGACGGUGUCAACGAUGCCCCCUCUCUGAAGAAGGCCGAUACUGGUAUUGCUGUCGAGGGUGCCUCCGACGCUGCCCGAUCUGCUGCUGAUAUCGUCUUCCUUGCUCCUGGUCUUGGCGCUAUUAUUGAUGCCCUUAAGACAUCUCGACAGAUCUUCCACCGAAUGUACGCCUACGUUGUCUACCGUAUCGCCCUUUCUCUUCACUUGGAGAUCUACCUCGGUCUGUGGAUUGCGAUCUUGAACCGCUCGCUCAACAUUGAGCUUGUCGUCUUCAUUGCCAUUUUCGCUGACGUUGCUACUCUGGCUAUUGCCUACGAUAACGCUCCGUACUCCAUGAGCCCAGUCAAGUGGAACCUCCCCAAGCUUUGGGGUAUGUCCGUCCUCCUCGGUGUCGUCCUUGCUGUCGGUACCUGGAUCACUGUUACCACUAUGUACGCUCAGGGCGAGAACGGUGGUAUUGUUCAGAACAACGGUAACAUGGACGAAGUUCUCUUCCUCGAGAUCUCCCUCACUGAGAACUGGCUUAUCUUCAUCACCCGUGCCAACGGUCCCUUCUGGUCGUCGAUUCCCUCGUGGCAACUUACCGGCGCCAUCCUCCUCGUUGAUAUCCUAGCCACCUGCUUCACCAUCUGGGGUUUCUUCGAGCACGGUGCCCUCACUCACAUUGUCGCCGUCGUCCGUAUCUGGAUUUUCUCCUUCGGCGUGUUCUGCAUCAUGGGCGGUGUCUACUACAUCCUCCAGGACAGCGUUGGAUUCGACAACCUCAUGCACGGCAAGUCCCCCAAGGGCAGCCAGAAGCAGAGAUCUCUCGAAGAUUUCGGUAAGUUCCAAUUAGCAAAAUUUAGAGUUGUGUAUAUGGAAUUUUUAGCUAACGUGUUUCAUAGUUGUCUCCCUCCAACGUGUCUCCACCCAACACGAGAAGUCUCAAUAGAUCAUCCCCGGAUGAAACCGAAUGGCCGCCCCUCAGGUGGCUGACGUCGCCAGGGUUUAGACCUAAUCGGUGGUACAUACUAAUGCCCUUCGGUCUAUAGAUAUAUCCUCCGGACAGGCUUGGUUGUUCACUUCAUUUCCUUCUUGUAAACUGAAAUACCACGGCGUAUAGGCCUUCGGUUAUGUCAUACCCACGUCUCUUAGGCUUAAUAAGAAUGAAAAAAAUACAAAAUACCCGGCAUGUCUUAUGUGACACUGAGUUAUGUAAUUGCAUGUCUUUAAAGUUAGUUAUGAUAGCUUUCAAUGUAUAUGCGUUAAUUCUAACGAGCGAAAUUGGUUGGGCA